AUGAUCCUAUUUGCAUGGUAUGUGUCAAAGUUGGCAAAUAAACGCGAAUUUUUUUAUGUUAAUCAAUUAUGUUUCCCUGCAAAUCUACAUAACUUGAAAUGUAAUUUGUGUAAAACGAAUUAUUGUUUUAUUAAAUGUUCGUGGUGUGCGGCUCACUUAUGUUUCCAAUGCUUUUACAUUAAUUUUCACCCACAACAUU